AUGGAAGACACUAGCCGUGAAGAAAAAGAAGCUAGCAGCGCGGGCAAUAGAAGUGACGAAGCUAGCACUACUGAGCAAAACACGAGCUCGGAAGCUAGCAGUGGCACAGAAGAACCAGGCGCCAGUCCCGAAAGUGCUAGCAACGAACAAAACCAAGAGACUGUGAGUGAAAUACGGACAUACGCCAUGGCGCUGUACAGUAGUGACAUUGGUCUACAAUUUGACGAAACGGUGGAGAACUUCGAGAACUAUGAAGAAAGGUUCCUGCAAUUUUUGGCUGCAAACAAUAUCGAAGAAGCACGUAAGAAAGCCGUGUUCUUGUCAGUGGUAGGGCCAAAGACUUUUGCUUUGCUGAAAGACUUGAUAUCACCGAAACAGUUCAGUGAGGCCACGGUGACACUUAAGGUUUUGUUGGACUCACUUCGGGAUUUUUACAUGCCAAAGAAAAAUGUACUGGCUGAGAGGUUCACGUUCAGAAGCCGUCGUCAGCAGACGGGUGAGAGUUUUUCUGACUACAUGGCUAGUUUGAAGGGGUUAGCAUCAACGUGCGAUUUUGGCGCAAAUCUAGAAGAGCAGCUGCGUGAUCAGUUCGUGUGCGGCACGUCUAACAAUGACCUUCGGCGAAAAUUGCUGAAUGCAGCCAUGGGAGAGGUUGAGUUAAAGUGGGCGAAGUUGGUGGAAAUCACCAACAAUUUCGAGUGCACUACGGCUGGACUGGAAAGCAUGCAUAAGGGGCACGGCCAGACACCAAUCCACCUGCGAGCUGAUCACGUCGGGGCGAGAAAGCCACGAGAGACCAGCAGGACUACGCGGACCGUGGGGGAAAAGAUCGACGACAGCAACCGGGACUGCUACCGAUGCCUGGGAAAGGGCCAUGGACCCGGGAGCUGCCGUUUCAAAGACUUCAGAUGUCGCGGAUGCGGCAAGAAUGGUCAUCUUGAACGCGCUUGUCGUAGCGGGCGAAACGACGCAGGCGGGGAGCAGCGAGACUGGCGACGUCCGCCUAGUGCAGCUGCUGCUGGGGCGCCUUCCGUCAGAAGCGCCCCUGGGGUCAAGUUCGUGGACCAAGGAGCCGACUACGAACCGCAGCCCGAGACGGAGCUGUCUGAACAACUUGACAUGAGACUUUAUACUGUAAAGACUGAAUUGUGUCGUGGAAAGGCACCCGUCCUUAUGGGCCGCGAUUGGAUCCGAGUGCUAAAUUUAGAUUGGUCCAAAGUAAAUCGCGUAGCCGUAUCUGAUCCCGUGGAGCAAGUGUGCUCCGAGCACAGAGCAGUGUUUGAUGGUGAACUCGGGCGCGCCACCGGCGUUACUGCCUCCUUACAUGUGUCACCUGAUGCGAGACCGAAAUUUUGCAAAGCAAGGAAUGUGCCUUAUGCACUGCGCGAGGCCGUAGAUAAGAAGUUGAUCGAACUCGAGCAGCAGGGAGUUAUUUCCUCUGUGCAGCAUAGCGAAUGGGCAGCGCCGUUGGUGUGCAUUCCCAAGAAGGAUGGAUCCGUGCGCAUUUGCGGCGAUUAUAAAGUGACAAUAAACCAGUGGCUCGACGUGGAUCAAUAUCCACUUCCUAAAACGCAAGAUUUGUUUUCCACCCUGGCAGGGGGAAAACACUUUACAAAACUUGAUCUUACCCAAGCUUACACUCAGGUGGAGAUGGAUGAGAAAAGUAAGCCUUUUCUCACCAUAAAUACUCCGCGGGGUCUGUAUCUGUGCAACCGUUUACCAUACGGCGUUGCGAGCGCACCGGCUAUUUUCCAACGCACUAUGGAUGAAGUCUUACAAGGGCUUGAUGGGGUAGUAUGCUACCUAGACGACAUUUUAAUUACAGGAAAAGACACGCAUUCUCAUGUAACAAAUUUGAAGUGCGUCUUGCAGAGGCUGGAAGACCGUGGGCUUAGGCUCAACAAAGAGAAAUGCGCAUUCUUUCAGAAUAGCGUUACCUACCUCGGGCAUGUAAUCGAUGCCGAGGGGGUGCGCCCGAUUAAAGAGAAAACAGAGGCUAUUGACAAGGCACCGGUGCCUAAAAAUGUGUCCGAAUUGAGGUCCUUCCUCGCCAUGCUCAAUUAUUAUGGCAAAUUCAUACCAAACCUGGCUAGUGAAAUUAAACCAAUGACUGAGUUGUUGCACAAAGAUAAAGACUGGAAUUGGUCUAAGAAAUGUCAAGACGCGUUCGAACGCACAAAGGCUCAGCUUGGAGCUGCACCAGUGUUGACACACUACGAUCCAAGUCUGCCUUUGAUUUUAGCAUGCGAUGCUUCGCCCUAUGGCAUAGGUGCAGUUAUUUCUCAUGGGUUCCCAGGUGGCAGUGAAAAGCCCAUAGCAUAUGCGUCGCGCACGCUCACUAAAACCGAAGUAAAUUACUCUCAAAUCGAGAAAGAGGCACUUAGCAUCAUAUUUGGGGUGUCAAAGUGUAAUGACUACUUGUAUGGGAGAAAAUUUACAUUACUGACUGACCACAAGCCAUUACUCAAAAUACUAGGACCGAAGACCGGGGUGCCCGCACUGGCAGCCGCCAGGUUACAGAGGUGGUCAUUGAUUCUUGCGGCAUAUCAGUAUGACAUAUGCUACAAGCCGUCUUCACAACAUGCAAAUGCUGACGCCUUAUCGCGUCUUCCGCUACCGAAAGCGGAGCCAGAUUCAGAGUAUAGCUCUGUGUUUAGGAUUUCGUUUCUGGACAAAGUUCCCAUUUCGGCACAAGAGAUAGCCAGUAAAACAAAAUCUGAUGCGCUACUGCAGAGGGUAAAGCAUUUCACAUUAAAUGGCUGGCCAAGGCGGUUAACUGAAGAGGAGUUGAGGCCUUAUUUCAAUAGAAAUACUGAACUGACAGUGGAGUCUGACUGUGUGAUGUGGGGUUUUCGUGUGGUCAUACCUGAAGUGUUAAGGUCACAGCUAUUAUGCGAAUUACAUGAAAAUCAUCCAGGAAUUGUCAAAAUGAAAGCAGUGGCCCGUAGUCAUUUUUGGUGGCCCAACUUAGAUUCAGAUAUCGAAUCGCUUGCAAGCAAGUGCCAGACAUGCCUGUUUAACAGGAACAAACCUGCAACUGCUCCGGUUCAUAACUGGAACUGGCCGAAUCGACCUUGGCAACGGAUACAUACUGAUUUUGCACAGAAAGGCAAACACAACUUCCUGGUAGUCACUGACAGCUAUUCACGCUGGCCGGAAGUGGCCAUUAUGAGCAGCACAACCACUGAGAAGACCAUAGAGGUUUUGAGGGGAUAUUUUGCAACUUGGGGUUUGCCGGAUGAGCUGGUCUCCGAUAACGGCCCGCAAUAUGUGUCCGCAGAAUUUGAAACAUUUCUUAAAAAUAAUGGGGUGAAGCACAUCAGGAGUUCCCCUUACCAUCCAGCAUCUAAUGGUGCUGCUGAGCGCUUAGUGCAAAAUCUAAAAAGGGCUCUUGAUAAGGGACAAAACAGUGGGAUGUCAUUGCAACACUGCAUCCACAACUUUCUUUUCUGUUACAGAAGCACACCGCAGUCCACAACGGGGAAAACGCCUGCAGAGUUAUUCCUGAGGCGCCAGUUCAAAACCAGAUUAUCACUCACAAAACCCAGUUUUGCGGACUCCAUGCAACAGAGGCAGGAGGCUCAGCAGACCAAACAAGCUGAUUCACACACACGUACAAGACACUUCCUUCCUCAGCAGAGGGUUUUGGUUCGAAACCACAGGGGAGGGGAAGGUGGGAAGUGGGUACCAGGGACUAUUGUCAAGGCACUAGGUCCUGUUACUUACCUGGUGAAAGUGUAUGGAAAAGUGUGUAAGAGACAUGUUAACCAGAUGAUUGAAACUGCACUGGAGAUGUGUAAUGACAAAGUGGAUCAAUACAAUGAUUCAGAGGACUUUUCAGACCUGGAGACGGGUUCCAGGGUGCCACAAGCAGGCGUGGCUAUGCCUGAUAGCGUGGUGGAGUUCCCUACGAGGGAGGAACCCCAAACUGUUAGUAGUGGGGUUUCCGUUCCGGUUCCUGAGGUUGUGCAGAGGCCCAAGCGUCACAUUAAACCACCUGAAAGGCUAAAUCUGUAG